CUGUACGCUGAGGGUCUGGGUCAUGGAGCCCCAAAUACUGGUCCUGCUGCUUUCGGGGGUCCUGGGGCUGACCAAGACCUGGGCCUUUGAGUGCCCCUUCCUGAGGAAACGGCCCCUGAGGGAGGGAAACGAGGGGACCGCGCGGGGGCGCAGGACCCGGGGACUUUCUGUCUCCAGCGCCCCCAGCCCAGACUUCAAACCCUCAACUCCCGCCUCGGCCCCCACCCUCCCGUUUCUCUCACCCCCUCCUCUCCAUGACCUUUUUCCGUCCCCGGGGCCCCGGGGCCCUACAGGGCCAAUCGAGAACCCAGGACGCGCGUCCUCCCCGCUCCCAGGCCCACACACGCUGAAAUAUUUCAGCACCAUCUUAUCCGGACCCGGACGCGGGAGGUACCGGUACGUGGUCGUGGGCUACGUGGAGGACACGGAGGUCGUGCGGUUCGACAGCGACGGCGCGAGUCCGAGGCUGGAGCCGCGGGUGCCGUGGCUGGAGCAGCGGUGGGCAAAGCAGGAGGAUGCCCAUUUUUGGGAAGAGCAGACCCACGCCGUCAAGGACUACGGACAAAGUUUCCGAGCCAUCCUGAACGACCUGCGCGCCCACUACAACCAGAGCGAGGACGGGUCUAACACCUUCCAGGAUAUGAGUGGCUGCGUCGUGGGGUUGGACAGGCGCCUUCUCCGCUUGUACAGUCAGUUCGCCUACGACGGCAUCGAAUACAUGGCCCUGAACGUGGACCUGCGCUCCGAGACAGCGACUGACGCCGAUGUCCAGAUCACCGCCAAUCGCAAUUUGGUGCAGAAUCCCAAUGUAGAAGGCUGGAAGCUCUGCCUGGAGGGGCUUUGCGAGUCUUGGCUCCACCUGUUCCUGGCGAAGGGGAAGAAGACCCUGCUCCGGGAAGACCCUCCAAAGACACACUUGACCCACCACCCCAUCUCUGGCCAUGAAGUCACCCUGAGGUGCUGGGCCCUGGGCUUCUACCCUGCGGACAUCUCCCUGACCUGGCAGCGUGAAGGGGAGGACCUGACCCAGGACAUGGAGCUUGUGGACACCAGGCCUGCAGGGGAUGGAACCUUCCAGAAGUGGGCGGCUGUGGCUGUGCCCCCUGGAGAGGAGCAGAGAUACACGUGCCGUGUGCAGCACCAGGCACUGCCCAAGCCCCUGACCCUGAGAUGGGACCCCCCUCCUCAGACCACCAUCACCAUCGUGGUCAUCGCUGCUGCCCUGGGUCUCCUUGGAGCUGUGGUCACUGGAGCUGUGCUGUGGAGGAUGAAGCUCUCAGGCAGAGGCAGGAAGAGCUACGCUGAAGCUGCCUGUAAGUCUGGGUGUUGGGGAGGUGACAUCUGGGACCCUUGGGAGAGUGUGGGCUGGAGUUUGUGAGGGGGGCUCU